GUGUGUGUGAUCAGAUCUGAUCACCGUCCCCGCUGCGCGACGCCGGUUCCGCUCCGCUCCUGGCUCACUCGCGUCCCUCCCGUCGUCGGCGGUCGGCUAGAGAGUGUUUCAGCUUCAGUGAUUUAUACAUUAUAUAUGCUUGUAUAAGAAUAACAGGAUGAUGAAGCUAAGUUGGAAAGGAGCUUCGCGCCGAUACCUUUACGUGGGAUUUUUUCUUCUGUUUUGUAUCAUGGUCUCAAAUUUAGCAAUAUAUUACAGACCAUAUAUUCGGCCACAACUAACAAGGUUUUCGGAAACAGGCCGAUAUUCAGACGUGGCGAAUCCCAGACAUACAGAUUUCACCGUCGAGCACGCAAGCACAGAGGAGUCUAACGCAGGACAUACACGCUACGAAGAAACAGUGCAGAUCUACAGACAAGUGGAGAGUAACAUCUACUACAACAAGCAAUAUUCUCUGGCGCUCCUAAGACAAUUAAGCACUCAGACCUCGGGCAAAACUGAAAAGAAAAACCUCAAAGGGGCGAUAGAGGAUGUCAAGCACUAUUUCAGGGUACAGGUUAGAAGAACAGACAAGGUGAUAACAGAGACUUUAUUCGUAAAACUGGAAGAGUACAUGGAGGCCGUGGACGACUUUUACAAUGACCUGGAGCUUCGAGGGACGAAGGAUCUACCUGGUUACAGAAGACCCGCAGGUCAUCAAGGAAGCGAAAGAGAAAUAUGCCGACUGGCCUAUGAGCUCAUGCAGACCCUCCACCCGGACGCCUCCAGGAAGGUCUUCUCCGUCGAUGCGCCUUAUUGGUUCCACUUCCAGAGCAACCAUGAGGUGGAGGCGAGGUACCCCCACACGCCUCGCAGAGCAAGCGACCUCCGGAUCCAGAAGGGAGACCGCCUGCUGGAAAUCCUAGGCCGUUACUUCAAGGAAGGCAACUUCACAACGGCUUUCUGUUUGGGAGGAACCUGAGGACGCGGAGGUACGGCAUCUACCCGGCGUACAAGACAGUCGACGUCCUAAGAGUGGGUCAGGUUCCGUCGUACGAUGCGGUUGAUAGGGAGAGAAGUGUAGAGGGUUGGAGGCGGGCACGGGAGAUGGAG